AUGGCCGAUAUACUCUCAUCUGCAGGCCAGGAUGAGUCCUCCCUCGACUACGUACCUUCUGACAUUGCCGCGACGCGCCUCGACCUUCUUAUCGGCCCAAACGAUUCACAAUGGGUGAAGAAGCACAAGUUUUUCUCUAGAAGACUGAAGUCGGAUACUCCCAUCAAAGACAUCAUUCGAGAAGACUUCACAUACUAUGAGAGUCGCAUGUUGAUGCCAUCUGAUCGUGCAGACGUGAAGGAAUUGCAAACUGCCAAUACAAAGCGCUACGAGGCUCUUCUGAAUGAUCGCUUCAAGGGCGUCGAGGAUUCUUUGGAAACAAAGCUCACGAUGAUGUACUUUGGGUUGCCAAUUGCUCCAAUGGAAGACAUUCUCAAAGAGCUCUCCCUGGCUGUGGGUAUGGAGGAGGAAGUCCCAUUGUACAACAUCAAACCACCAAUGCAUUUUCUUACAGCUCACGACCGUCGCAACUGGGGAAAGGAUAGCCUGAAAGCUAAGGAAGCCUUCAGUCGGCCCGUCCCGGUUCCACAGGCAAGCGAACCGAUUUUGAGUCUUCGUGGAGGCGAAGGACCCAGUUCACCUCAAGCCGCAUGCGACGAUCGCAUCGCUUGUGACUACGUCCCCUCAACUGAGACUCCCGCUGUCCCUGAGGAAGGAUGGGCUUAUCUUUAUAACCUCUAUGGGCGCAUACCAUUUCGCCCUCGCAAGUGGCGAUCAUUUGCACUCGUCCUACGACAACUGUUACAUAAUAAUCCUGACGAUAUUAGGGAGAGGGAGUACAGAUUCGACCUCCAUGUUUUUGAUAAGAAGACCGGCGACAGGAAAACCAUUCGUGACAAAUUGCCCUUAUCAAGGGAUAGUAAAGCAAUGCUCUUCCUUGAGGAACACUUUGCCUGGGGCCCCAAAGACAAGUCACACAAGGAUUGCUGUACUCUCUUUAUUGGUUACAUUCGGAAGGACUCAGAAAACCCACCCGAGCACUGGGAGCCUUCCCAAAAGCAACUGGAGACAGACACCGUCAGGAUUGGGCGCUCUCUUGGGUCUUUCCCCAAUGGACCUGAGAAGGAUGCCAUCAGUUAUGCUUAUAUCCCAUUCCCCGAAACCAAGACCCAAAGCUUCGUCGCUAGCAACUAUGCAUCUCAGCAGUACAAUGCUUACUUCAGGGCCGCCACUGAUAUCCUCUUUGGUCGACCUAUGGGCUACUAUGAUGCGGGAUGCUCCGAGUACAACCAUGCCUUGUUCCGUCUCUACGACAAGAACAAGCCAGACGCUUCAUUGACCGUACCUGUCGUUUACGGUGCCAUGGGUCUGCCGCAAUCGGCUUGGGAGCUUCUUCACCCACUGAACAGCCCCGGCGCUUGCUGGAUGAUUGAAUGCACCUGGCUCGACCCCGAUGUGAAACCUCUGAUCUUUCCCAACUAUUACCCAAGCCCUAACCCUCACUUGUUGGUAAAUGACAGUAAUUCUGGAGACGAGUAUCGCGCAGCCUUCCACCCAAUUUGUGAGAUUUCUACGGAGGCUUUUGACCCUGAGUCGAGCAGAAAGCUUUCGACCGUGUAUGUGCUUGAGGGAGACCCCACAAAUAGCUAUGGGGAUGGUAUCAAGGGCUUGGAGAUUCUUCCGAAACGUGGAUAUCGUGGUGGGAACAAGGAUGCCUACGGACGCCUUGUUGGCGAGAAGAUCGAAACUCUGUCAAGUUGGUUUUUGACCAUUCACCCUCAUUUUCGCCCUGGGCGGUGUCGUCUGUUCCCUGCUUGGCACGAUGGACAAGAGAUCUCGGUCGAGAUGCCACCUCUGACAUCUCAAGCCAGUCAGAUCUUUGAAGCAGUAUACCAACUCGUAUCCAAGACCAAGUACCAGAGAGACAUGCGCCAGGAUCACAUAUUGCUCAAGGAGACUCGUUGUGCCAACAGUCUUCAAACUCGAGACACACCAUCCUACCUAAUCCGCCCUGACGCAUCCGACGUUGAAUGGUAUCGUGUGAGAGAAUCCAUUACGUCUCCAGACAUUACAGUUUCAUUUGUCAAGAAAUCAGAUGUCGACUGGGAUGCAUGCAUAUCGGAGGACAACAUCUGGGGCAUUCGUGAUUUUAACCCCGAACUUUAUAUCACGCGCCCUCGGCUAGGUGCAGAUACUCUUGAAAUCGAGAACGUCGAAAAAGAUGUGAUAGUCGACCCUGCCAUCAAUUACCCCUCAUCACCUCAAAGACUCGGCUCCCCGAGUCCUAAUGACAACGAGGUAAUUGACCGAGCACGCUCAUCCUACAGAGCUGGGGCGUUCGUGAGCCCUACGCUGCCUCAUGUCGAAAUCAGAGAGCCUCCGGCUUCGAAACUCGCGUUGCCUGAGGCACCGACGCUUUAUGGCAAGUUUGAAGCCGAGGAGGAGCAGGAGUAUGAUGUUGGUGUUUUGGCAACCAGUCGACCUGACUGGGCCAACAGACCUUAUCCCGCAGACCGUCCCCAGGUUUAUAGACCAGCAGAUUCAGAUUCAGAUUCGUAUCUUUAUGGUUAUUCGUUGCAGGGAGAUGACUCGCCAUCGGGAGGUGAUUCGUCGUCUGGAGACGCCCCUAAUCAAAGGUUUGAGAUAACAAUCCCUAGUGAUCACAGUAGUGACGAAUCAAGCAGAGGGGACGAUGACGCUGGGAGUGGUGACGAAGGCGAUGACAAUGAAGACGGUAACGGGACCGAACACGUCGCUGCCUCCCGACCUGGUCCUCCCCACAGGUCACCAUGGGAUUUUGACGAGUACGCGCCACGAGAGGCCCGAGAACGCACAUGGGCCACUCAACCCAGUAUCUUUGGUAACCUCGGAGCUGGGUCUUCGCCAGCUGCAAUUGGCAUCCCUGUGACUGCAGCGCCUGCAGAGAAGAUGCUUCGCACCACCAAUUUUGGCAACGUCCCGAUGAUCUCCAAAGCCAUCCUUACACCCACCGAGCAAGCUGAGCUGCAGCGCGCCCUCUGGAACACUCGUAACCUGCUUCUCAAGCGCACCAUGCAGUGCAUCUUUGAGGACUGCGACUUCACCUGCCGGGCUGACGAUCAUGAGGCCAGGAAGCAACAUACUCUGGAAGCUCAUAAGUCGCGAAUGUGUCCUUGGUGCGAUGAGCCAAUGUUUGAAUGGUGGGAUAAGUCUCAGAGGAUGAAGCAUAUGCGGGAGAAGCAUACUAGGGACCUGAAGAAUGUCUUGGGUCUUGUGGAUGAGCCUAUUCCUAGGACGACGUCUGCAGUACCGCACCCAUCGAAACCCCCUCAGCAACAUGCGGGCUACCCGCCACCGGUAGUUCAAACCCAAUCUGCUCAGCCGUUCUCUCUAGGACAAAUUCCCAAUCCUUUCACUGCACUUCAUUCAGCUCCCCCUCGCCACCCGGCUCCUGUAGCUCAUAUGGGACCUAGUACAGCGUCGAACCCGGCUCCGGCAGCUCGUCCAUUGCCAUCCCAUCUCUCUGGGUCUCGUCGAGUGCCACCAGACCUCCCUGGCGGUGGUUUGACGGCUAGGCCACCGCCGGUAGAGACACCAACAACAGAAAAGCUUCUGCUUCCUGGUCAUGUCCAGAGGGCUAUUCAACGAGCGAAAAAGGCACGGGAUUCAAUGGAUACACAUAAACUUCCUGAGCCUCCGCGAAGUCUCUCAAACCCCCCUGCCUGGUAUGACAUGACUGGACCAGUAGCUGUCCUUGAUCCUCCAGACGUUUGUCCCAUCCGAAAAUGCGCUUUUCCUGAUAUCAGCGGGCUCGGCUCUUGGGGCUUAUGGUACCACAUCACGACCGGGCAUUGGUGUUCUGAGGUUGCGAACUGUCCAUUCUGCGAUCUUCCGUUCUUCGUAGUCGAGGGCACAGAUGAGGAAGGCAAAGAAAUAAGAAGCAAACGCAAGGUAGAGGAUUGUAGGAAGCACAUGGACUGUCAUGUCUAUGAUCUCUGGCGUGAUCUGCAGCCGGUUUUAGAGCGUCCAUAUAUGGUCUAUUCUCAGAACACCGGGAGCCCAUUGAGGGGAGAGGUGGGAACCGUUCGGAGGAUCAGACCAACGGCGGCGGAAGAGAUGGAAGCAAGAGCACAAGAUGCAGCUAGAAAGAAGGCUGACAAGGAAGCCAGGGCGAAGCUCGAACGGGAAGCCGCCGCUCGAGCUGAGGCUUAUCUUGAAGCUCGAAAGCGCUCACACCGUCCGCCUGUUAAGAAGUGUCAAUACUUCGGGAAGUGCGGUAUUGUCAUUGGGGAUAUGACUGCCCCGGAGUAUCUUCGUCAUAUUGAGGAAUGCCACAAAACGCGGCAAAUUGAAUUGCUUCCAUCAAAUGAUGAGGACGAUCAAGAUGGAGAUGGAGAUGGCGAUGAUGAUGACGAUGACGAGGAUGAGAGCAAUAAUGACAGUGACAGCGACAAUGGGAACCGUGGCAGUUCCAGCAAGCGACAGCCUUCUGGUCGUUCACGUGCUCGAAGUCAGUCUGCUCGGAAUGCCUCGAAGAGCAAAUCUCUAAGCCCGACUCCGCGGAUGACUGAGGUCUUUUCAGACGAUGAGGUUAUGGAUGAGUCCAACGAGUCAACUAGUGCUGUGGUGGUAACCAAGAAGCCUACCUCCAGGAAACCCCCUACGAAGAAAGCGGGCAAGAAACGCAAGGCUCUAACACAGGAGAUCGAAUCGGCGGUUGAAAGCCACAGCGAAGCCGCUUCUACAGUUUCUCGUGGUCGGCGACGACAUACCAAGGCUCAGGAAGAACCGCCUGAGACAACGGCUUCCUCCACUGAAGCACAAGGCAGCGAGGCUCAGAGCAGUGUCGCCCGAGGACGAGCCCAGAGCAAGAAGGCCAGGAAGACUCGCCGUACGGGAGAGAAGGAUGGCGAGUAUGAAGAUGAUGGGUAUGAGACUGAUGACUACGACGAGGAACCAAAUGAGCAAGGAGGAAAGCCCUUCCGUCGUCGAGCGAAGUCUCCAGACUGGGUGAAGAAACUUGGUCCUGAAGAUCCCGACUUUGAUCCCAACGAGGACAUGUACUGCUCCAAGUGUCUCCGCAAGGUGCCUAAGAAGCGAAGCAAGAGUCCCAACCACUCGCCCAUCGGUCGCGAUGCAGAAGUCGAGGCACAUACCGACAAGAGACGAUGCUGCGGUAUUCGCAACGCUCCAGGCUCAAUUGAACGUCUCCCCAACCGCAGCGGUUGGAUCAAAGGCUCUGACAUACCCAAGGCGCUCGGCAAGAUCAAGAAAUCAUUCCGCCGUCGCUACCCAACAUACGCACGCACGAUCUAUCCUACCAAGUCAAGCGACCAGUUCGCAUCAGUCUGGCGCUCCGACCCCAACAACCCUGAUAACAAUGAAUGGUGGGACAUUCCCUGGCCUCCCUACGAAGGGGACCCUCCUUUCCCUGGAUCGUGGGAAGCGCCCGGUCUGCCAUGGGAUGACACCUCGGAUGGACGAAAGCGACGCAAGAUGUACACCGGAGUAGAAGUUCCUGAUACCUUGUAUACGUAUCAGAGCGACACUGACACUGAUGGGUCGAUGCAUGCGACUGUUCCGGAGGACAUUAGUAAUCUCAACAUUGAUGCUACUCCGGCAUUGAAGAGGCCUGAGAGUGCAAUUACUUCAAUUGAGGAGGAGACUGAGGAACCCGCUGCGAAGAAGGCCAGGACUGGCACCAAGAUUCCCAAACGUGGGAGGAAGGCCAGCACGCAACCCUCGCGUGCCUCGAGUCGAAUUCGUAUGCAGAAAACCGCUACCGCUUCUCCGGCUCCUUCGACGGCUGCUUCGAAGGCUGCCUCGAAAACUGUACCAAAACCUGCACCAAAACCUGCACCAAAACCUGCACCUAAAAAGGCGGCUGGCUCAAAGACUGCGACUCCGGCUCCAGAGCCUGAUUAUGAUAGCAGUGAUCCGGAUAGGUGAUUUGUUUGACAGUAUGGUAUUCGAGUUGAACUGGCUUCGUUCUGUUGAGAUAUGAUGAGCGAUUUGCAUGUUGAACGAUGGACUGAGUAUUAGCUUUGUUGUUUGUCAUGGUUUGGGAUUGGGUCAUGCUGAAUUGAGUUUGUUCGCUGGGUUGUAUGGGCAAUGGUCAACCGGGAUCUUGUAUCUUUUGCUAUUUAUCUAGAUCUCUUUAUCGCUAUGGCAAUUGCCUCUCAUUAUACUGUCUGUAACACCCCAAAGCACAUUGAUCUCGCAUGCCUGUCUCAAAUAAAACUCCAUUGCAACG